GAAGACAUUCGUAAAGUCAUGCGGGAUAGCAGUGCUCUAAUUUUUUUAACUAAUUUUUGAUCCACACCAGAUGCUCACACCGGGGAACUUGAAACUCUCCGUGGUUGCGUGGUAGCAACGCCAGAGCCAGACGAUAGAUAGAUAAACAGGUUUUCAAAUUGGCGCCAGUUUUCCAGAAAUCGGAAGCCAUCAAACUAACUACUCCACUGGAAAAUUUAUUUUUGAUCAUCACUUCACCGACCUUGAAAUUCAACCCUGAAAUAGAAUCAUGAUCUUCGUUGAUGGGAUCCCUUUUUCAACUGGUUCAUCUCAGGGAAUUGAAGACUUGAUUGCUUUGUUAGAACACCCAUUUCUCGUGUCUGCUUCAAAUAAACUGAAAGCUAUUCCAGUGAUGAAGGUCUCAGUUAUGGAAGGGUUUAGAGGGGAGAGGUCACCACCGGCUAAACAUGUUUAUGUUUUUCAAAGAGAGUACGCAACUGUUGAUCCUGCUCUUGUGGAGUUGGUUGGAACAGAUGAAGCUACCACGUGUGUGGGGAUCGUCAUUCGCAACCAGAAGACUGGAUGGACCUCUAUUGCCCAUGUGGAUUCUCCAGAGGUUGUUGAUCUGGGUCUCACUCAGAUGUUGUCAUUACUCAUUGAUCAGAACUCAAAUGCAGAGCUGGAUGUGCAUAUAGUCGGUACCUUUGAAGAUGCUGUAACCAAUCAAAUCAGCGGAAGCAGUGGAUCAGAAAGCGAAUCGGAAUUAUAUAAUCACUCAAUUCCUUUAUGUUCAAAAAUAAUUGAAGCUUUGCAGAACAAAGGAAACAAAUUUCAUAUCCAAACAUUUUGUGUAUUAGAGCAUAAUACUAUGCGAGAUUCUGACGGAAAUGCAUAUCCUGUAUUCAACGGGUUCAUGGUAGAGACCUCCUCCGGGUCAGUGAGGCCUGCUAGUUUUGACGGAAGUUCAAGAUGCCCAGAUGAAAUAGUUAGGAGGAUCCGGGUGACUGUUUCAUAUUCAGAUCCAAGUUGGAAGGGAAAGUUACUGGAGAUGUAUGAUAGCCUCAGUGACCAGUAUCAGAUUGCUCCCUGUUCUUGGAGUCUUCGUUGGAAAGAAUACGCUCUUUCUUUGCAACAACUUUCUGACUCCGAUAUCCUCCUCAAUUGUUCUACUUCACCUUCUUCUGAGGGACCGGAUUUCGUGGACAACCAUAGAAGGUUGUUUGAUUAUUUGAUCCAACACCCGAAUUGGAGAGAAACAUUUCCUAUGAGGAAACCACGCAUCUUCAAGAGAACUGCCAGUGGAGAUUGGAUUAAGGCUGAGUAGCCUAAGCAGAUGAGGCAGAGUCCAAGCUCGUAAUUAUGAUUGUAUACUCAUUAUCUUGGUCAAGUAUAUUUGGUUCCAUUUUUAAGUUUUUAUUUUUAUAUUGGACAUUGUUAUAAUUUCUUCGUAAAGAAAAAAAUGAUCCUUUUAGUUGGUUCAUCAAGACGAAUUCUAAUUUAUCAAAAAUUUGUUGUGAUCUCCAAAUUUAGA